UUAGCUCUGUAUAUUUUCGACUAGGCGUGUCGUUUACAGUUUGUCGUGUUGGCUAAAAACGAGAGAGAGAGAGAGAGAGAGAGAGAGAGAUGGCAGUUCCCGGAAAAUGCUUGCUGGUGACGGGACCUCCUGGUGUGGGAAAAAGCACUCUAAUUAUGAGAGUGUUUGAGACCCUAAAAGCCUCAAAUCCCAACUUAAAAAUUCAGGGUUUCUACACAAGUGAAGUUAGACAAGGAAGUGAGAGAGUUGGGUUCCAAGUGGUCACACUAGAUGGCCGCACAGCUCCUCUGGCCUCCACCAUUUCCAGCCCAGAGUCUUUCAGGUGGCCCAAUGUGGGGAAGUACAAAGUGAAUGUUGCUUCAUUUGAGUCACUGGCACUGCCUGAACUACAGGUGAAAGAAGAUACCGAUCUCUUCAUCAUUGAUGAAGUUGGGAAGAUGGAGUUGUACAGUUCAUCUUUCUUCCCUGCUGUUUUGAAGGUUCUGGAAUCCAAUAUCCCACUUUUGGCCUCAGUCCCAAUUCCCAAAUUUGGACGUGAUAUUCCAGGGGUUGCACGGUUAAAGAAUCAUCCAGGUGCAACGAUUUUCACACUGAGCCCGAGUAACCGGGAUGCUGUCAAAGAAGAGAUAUACCUCCAACUGGUAGACUUAUUGAGUAAACAAUAGAUGUUGGACAAUCAAUGUGGUCCUUGUUGUGAACAAUAUUUUAUCAGCAGCUCCAUACUCAAAAGUUAGGACUUGAAGGAGCUUUGAUGUACUCAAUAGGCUUUAACAAAAUAUAAAAACUAAAUAGUGUAUUUCUUCUUUCUCAAUUUUAGCAUUAUCUUAUUUUAGUUUGCUUCUAACCGAGAGAGAGAGAGAGAGAGAGAGAGAGAGAGAGAGAGAGAUGUUAGGUUAAUACUCAAGAGACAAAGGAUGGGACAAACAAUUCCAAUCAUGUAACUUUGCUUUCCUGAUUAUAUAUGCAAAAGUUUGUUCUUUU